CCCCCGAUCCCCCCAAUCCUCACAUCCUCCCACCACCACCACGACAAAACCCACCACCUCCUCCUCGCAGCCACCGGCUCCGUAGCAACCAUCAAACUCCCCCAAAUCAUCCUCUCCCUAUCGCACCACACCAACCUCUCCAUCCGCCUAAUCCUCACCAAAUCCUCCAUCGAAUUCCUACGCGGCCAAGCCUCCGAACAACCGACUCUAGCCCAAAUUUUCGAAUUUCCCAACGUAGAAGCAAUCUACGUGGAUGAAGAUGAAUGGCGACGACCGUGGACACGAGGGGCGUCGAUUUUACAUAUUGAAUUGCGCAAAUGGGCGGAUUUGAUGGUAAUUGCUCCUUUGUCGGCGAAUGCGCUGGCAAAGGUGGCGUUGGGGAUGAGUGAUAAUUUGGUGUAUUCGGUGGUGAGGGCGUGGGAUACGACGGGGUUGAUUGAUGAGGCGAGGCCGGGGGUGAGGAAAAAAGGAAUUAUUGUGGCGCCUGCGAUGAAUACUGCCAUGUGGAAUCAUCCUGUUACGAAAAGACAUUUGGAUGUACUGGAGGGGGAGUGGAAUGUGGCGAAUGGAGGAUGGAUGGAGGUUUUGGGCCCUAUUGAUAAAGGCUUGGCUUGUGGGGACAAGGGCGGAGGAGGGAUGAGGGAGUGGAAGGAGAUUGUAGAGGUCAUAGAGAAGAGGAUGGGGCUUUCA